CCCCGGCCGCCGCCCCCGGCUGUCACCGGCCCGGGCCGCGCAGCCCGACCGGCACCCAGCGUGUGGCUCCCGGCGGGGACCCCUGGGUUUGUUUACGUCCCGGAGAGCGCCCCGGGGCCACCCGCGCACCUCGCGGCCGCCCCGCUCUUUUGUGUUCCUGUGUCGGUGGCGCGGACCUGCCCCUCCGUGGCCGGGGACCCCCGCGGGCGCGCUUUGGGGAAACUUGGCGAGGGGCGGCGGCGGUGCCCCGCGCGCAGUGCGGCUGGGUCGCGGUGUGCCGGACUGCCGGGUGCGGGCGCGGGAGGAGGAGGCUGCAACUUUCCCCGAGCGCAGGCCCCGCGCUGUUCCCCCGGGUGCCCGAAGAGGGGACGCUGCCUCCCCGCCGCCUGUCCGAGCCGAGAUCGCCGCGCGCCUGGGGGCUCCGGCGGCCCCCAGUGACCUGCGGCGCCCGUUCCCUUCCUUGCCUCCCCUCGGGGCUUCUGCCCUCACUGCAGGGCCCGCCAUGGAGCGCGCGGCGGGUGCGCUCGGAGAUGCCUUCUCGGGCCGGGUUCUCGAAAGCAGAGCCGCGGGGGCCCGUUGGGACCCUGGCGUGCCGGGCGGUGGUCAGCGCUCAGAGUCCCCGGCGCCGCGGGGGGACUGUGCCGGGGCUUCCCGGCCCACGCCAGAGCCCCCGCUGUGCCCAGGGGGCGAGUGCCCGCCUGCCACCCCCCGCCCGGAGGAGCGGCGCGCCCUUAGGGUCCGCCCCGCACGUGCCAGCUCGGCGCCCGCGGCGCCCGGACAGCCCCGGGACUCUGCCAGGUGGAUGUUGUGCGUAGCCGGAGCCAAGUUGAAGAGAGAACUCGAUGCCACCGCAACGGUAUUGGCGAACCGGCAGGAUGAAAGCGAGCAGUCCAGAAAGCGGCUUAUCGAACAGAGCCGGGAGUUCAAGAAGAACACUCCAGAGGAUUUGCGCAAGCAGGUAGCGCCGCUGCUGAAGAGUUUCCAAGGAGAGAUUGAUGCACUGAGUAAAAGAAGCAAGGAAGCUGAAGCAGCUUUCUUGAAUGUCUACAAAAGAUUGAUUGACGUCCCAGAUCCCGUACCAGCUUUGGAUCUCGGACAGCAACUCCAGCUCAAAGUGCAGCGCCUGCACGAUAUUGAAACAGAGAACCAGAAACUUAGGGAAACUCUGGAAGAAUACAACAAGGAAUUUGCUGAAGUGAAAAAUCAAGAGGUUACGAUAAAAGCACUUAAAGAGAAAAUCCGAGAAUAUGAACAGACACUGAAGAACCAAGCCGAAACCAUAGCUCUUGAGAAGGAACAGAAGUUACAGAAUGACUUUGCAGAAAAAGAGAGAAAGCUGCAGGAGACACAGAUGUCCACCACCUCAAAGCUGGAGGAAGCUGAGCAUAAGGUUCAGAGCCUACAAACAGCCCUGGAAAAAACUCGAACAGAAUUAUUUGACCUGAAAACCAAAUACGAUGAAGAAACUACUGCAAAGGCCGACGAGAUUGAAAUGAUCAUGACGGACCUUGAAAGGGCAAACCAGAGGGCAGAGGUGGCUCAGAGAGAGGCGGAGACCUUAAGGGAACAGCUCUCAUCCGCCAAUCACUCCCUCCAGCUGGCCUCACAGAUCCAGAAGGCACCAGACGUGGAGCAGGCCAUAGAGGUGCUGACCCGCUCCAGCCUAGAAGUUGAGUUGGCCGCCAAGGAGCGGGAGAUCGCACAGCUGGUGGAGGACGUGCAGAGACUCCAGGCCAGCCUCACCAAGCUGCGGGAGAAUUCAGCCAGCCAGAUCUCCCAGCUUGAGCAGCAGCUGAGCGCCAAGAACAGCACGCUUAAACAACUGGAAGAAAAACUCAAAGGCCAGGCUGACUAUGAAGAGGUGAAGAAAGAGCUGAACAUUCUGAAGUCCAUGGAGUUUGCACCGUCCGAGGCCGCUGGGACGCAGGAUGCGGCCAAGCCCCUGGAGGUGCUGUUGAUGGAGAAGAACCGCUCGCUGCAGUCGGAGAACGCCGCGCUGCGCAUCUCCAACAGCGACCUGAGCGGGUCAGCCAGGAGGAAAGGGAAAGACCAGCCUGAAAGUCGGCGCCCGGGAUCUUUGCCGGCCCCCCCUCCUUCUCAGUUGCCCCGCAACCCGGGGGAGCAGGCUUCCAAUACUAAUGGUACACACCAGUUCUCACCAGCGGGGUUAAGUCAAGACUUUUUCAGCUCAUCCCUGGCAAGCCCCAGCCUACCCCUGGCUUCUACAGGAAAAUUUGCACUAAACUCUCUUCUCCAGCGGCAGCUAAUGCAGUCCUUCUACUCCAAGGCUAUGCAGGAAGCCGGAAGCACAAGCAUGAUUUUUUCAACAGGUCCAUACAGCACAAACUCCAUAUCUUCCCAAAGUCCAUUACAACAAAGCCCAGAUGUCAAUGGCAUGGCCCCAUCCCCCAGCCAGUCAGAAAGUGCUGGGAGCGUCUCCGAGGGCGAGGAGAUGGACACUGCAGAAAUCGCCCGGCAGGUCAAAGAGCAGCUUAUUAAGCACAAUAUCGGACAACGUAUUUUUGGACAUUAUGUGUUGGGACUGUCUCAAGGGUCCGUGAGCGAGAUUCUAGCUCGACCCAAGCCAUGGAAUAAACUGACUGUUCGCGGCAAGGAGCCAUUUCACAAGAUGAAACAGUUCCUCUCUGAUGAGCAGAACAUCCUGGCCCUCCGUAGCAUCCAAGGCAGACAAAGAGAGAAUCCAGGCCAGAGCCUGAACAGACUAUUUCAGGAAGUACCGAAACGAAGAAAUGGGUCUGAAGGUAACAUCACCACCCGGAUCCGAGCCUCGGAGACUGGCUCUGAUGAAGCCAUCAAGUCCAUCCUAGAGCAAGCCAAGCGGGAGCUCCAAGUGCAGAAAACUGCAGAGCCGGCCCAGCCUUCCUCCGCAUCUGGCAGCGGGAACUCCGAUGACGCCAUCCGCUCCAUCCUGCAGCAAGCCCGCCGGGAAAUGGAGGCCCAGCAGGCCGCCCUCGACCCUGCCUUAAAGCAGGCACCGCUGUCCCAGAGUGACAUCACCAUCCUCACCCCCAAGCUUCUGUCCACCUCACCCAUGCCCACCGUGUCCAGCUACCCGCCUCUCGCCAUCUCCCUGAAGAAGCCCUCCGCAGCUCCUGAGGCUGGCGCCUCUGCUCUGCCCAACCCCCCGGCCCUCAAAAAGGAGGCCCAGGACGCCCCCGGGCUGGACCCCCAGGGAGCGGCCGAUUGUGCACAAGGGGUCCUGAGACAGGUGAAAAACGAAGUGGGCCGCAGCGGUGCCUGGAAGGACCACUGGUGGAGCGCGGUGCAGCCAGAGAGAAGAAACGCCGCCUCCUCCGAGGAGGCCAAGGCCGAAGAGACGGGCGGCGGGAAAGAGAAGGGCAGCGGUGGCAGCGGAGGUGGCAGCCAGCCUCGGGCCGAGCGCAGCCAGCUCCAGGGACCCUCGUCAUCAGAGUACUGGAAGGAGUGGCCCAGCGCCGAGUCCCCAUACUCCCAGAGCUCAGAGCUGAGUCUGACCGGGGCCAGCCGCAGCGAGACGCCGCAGAACAGCCCCCUGCCAUCCUCCCCGAUCGUGCCCAUGUCCAAGCCCACCAAGCCCUCGGUCCCCCCGCUGACCCCUGAGCAGUACGAGGUCUACAUGUACCAGGAGGUGGACACCAUCGAGCUCACCCGGCAGGUUAAGGAGAAGCUGGCCAAGAACGGCAUCUGCCAGAGAAUCUUCGGGGAGAAGGUGCUGGGCCUGUCCCAGGGCAGCGUCAGCGACAUGCUGUCCCGACCGAAGCCAUGGAGCAAGCUGACGCAGAAAGGCCGAGAACCCUUCAUCCGGAUGCAGCUCUGGCUGAAUGGCGAGCUAGGCCAGGGUGUUCUACCCGUCCAGGGCCAGCAGCAAGGGCCAGUCCUUCACUCUGUGACGUCGCUCCAGGACCCGCUGCAGCAGGGCUGUGUGAGCUCAGAAAGCACUCCAAAGACCUCCGCCAGCUGCAGCCCUGCUCCUGAGUCCCCAAUGAGUUCCAGCGAGUCGGUGAAGAGCCUGACCGAGCUGGUCCAGCAGCCCUGUCCCCCCAUCGAGGCAAGCAAGGACGGCAAACCACCAGAACCCAGUGACCCGCCAGCAUCCGACUCCCAGCCCGCAACCCCGCUGCCUCUCUCCGGACACUCGGCCCUCAGCAUCCAAGAAUUAGUAGCCAUGUCCCCGGAGCUGGACACCUACGGCAUUACCAAGCGGGUGAAGGAGGUGCUGACGGACAACAACCUCGGCCAGCGCUUAUUUGGGGAGACCAUCUUAGGGCUCACCCAAGGCUCUGUCUCCGACCUCCUUGCCCGCCCCAAACCCUGGCAUAAGCUCAGUCUGAAAGGACGAGAGCCCUUCGUCCGGAUGCAGCUGUGGCUGAACGACCCCAACAAUGUGGAGAAGCUGAUGGACAUGAAACGGAUGGAGAAGAAAGCCUACAUGAAGCGGCGGCACAGCUCAGUCAGUGACAGCCAGCCCUGCGAACCGCCCUCCGUCGGCACCGAGUACAGCCAGGGCGCCAGCCCCCAGCCCCAGCACCAGCUGAAGAAACCCCGGGUGGUGCUGGCUCCGGAGGAGAAGGAGGCGCUGAAACGAGCGUAUCAGCAAAAGCCAUACCCGUCACCAAAAACCAUCGAAGACCUCGCCACCCAGCUCAACCUGAAAACCAGCACCGUCAUCAACUGGUUCCACAACUACAGGUCUCGGAUCCGCAGAGAACUGUUCAUUGAGGAAAUUCAGGCCGGGAGCCAGGGCCAGGCGGGCGCCAGCGACUCACCCUCGGCCCGCAGCGGCCGGGCGGCGCCCAGCUCGGAGGGCGACAGCUGCGACGGCGUGGAGGCCACCGAGGGCCCAGGCAGCGCCGACACCGAGGAGCCCAAGUCUCAGGGAGAGGCCGAGCGGGAGGAGGCACCGCGGCCGGCGGAGCAGACGGAGCCGCCGCCCUCGGGGACCCCGGGCCCGGACGACGCCCGCGACGACGACCAUGAGGGAGGCCCCGCGGAAGGCCCGGGGCCCCUGUCCAGCCCCGCCACCGCCACCGCCACCGCCGCGCCCGCGGCCCCCGAGGACGCCGCUACCUCAGCCGCCGCCGCGCCAGGGGAGGGCCCCGCAGCCCGGAGCUCCGCGCCGCCGCCCAGCAGCAGCAGCGCCCCCCGCAGGCCCAGCUCGCUGCAGAGCCUCUUCGGCCUCCCCGAGGCCGCGGGCGCCCGGGACUCGCGCGACAACCCCCUGCGCAAGAAGAAGGCCGCGAACUUGAACAGCAUCAUCCACCGCCUGGAGAAGGCUGCCAGCCGGGAGGAACCUAUCGAAUGGGAGUUCUGAGGGGCUGCGGCCCCGGGGCGGGCAGCCAGGCUGGGCUGCAAGGGCCUGGACGGGGUCGGAGGGGGUCGGACGGGGCAGGAGCUGCAGACACCGUGGCCUGGGCUUGGCCCGCGGCCUGCACCGACCCCAGGCCGGACCUGAGCCCUCAGCCCAGACCCACUCCACGGUCCGGGGCCUGCACCGACCCGAGGCCCAGAUCCAAGCCCGUAGCCCAGACCCACUCUGCGGCCCACACCGACACUGAGGUCCCGGGCCAACCCUGCGGCCUCCACCAACCCUGCGGCCCAGACCCAGUCCACGGCCUGGACCGCCUCGCGCACUUACCGCCCUGCGGGCCACAGGGCAAAAUCGCCAUAGGCCAAGGUGCAUAUAGAAAACAAAGGAGCAUUAAGCCCAAUCUAUGUCGAGUUUUCAAGGAAGAAAACGGAAAUGUGUGGUCGAGCUUUUUUGUACCCUGAAGUGUUUUUUUUAUUGCCCUAAGUGAUUUCCACAGGUUCUGGAAUAACUCUUACAGCUUUGCCUUGUGUCCUCCUGUUCCGUGUGGGCUUUAAAAGAAAAAAAAUCAAACCCACAUAUUAAAAGGGGGCUUUUUAUCUGCCAUCUAAUGGCUUCAGAGCGAUAAUACACUAUUAUCUUCUUAAACCAGGAAAAAAAAGGGGGGGGAUUUUUCAGAAAAAUUAAAAAAGAAAGUUUUUGUAGCUGUUCAGUUGCCACUAAGAGAUUGCACAGUCAAAACGACUCUAAACACACUAGUUUGGAUUCCUAAAUAUUUUCAAGAAAAGAAUCUUCUCGUUUGAAACUUUGAAUUAAAAUAAAACACAUUUACUCCACAUAUUUUUUAACAAAAAGAAAACGUCACAUCAGGAAACUCUGAUUUUGUGGUAGCUGACAUAGUGUUUUCUUGUACGUGAAUAGAAUCCUGACAUGUAGUGCACAUCGAUGUAUAGCUUUAACUGACCCUGGGUUUUGCAGACCAGGGUUUGUUUAAUACACUCCAUUCUAGGCCAAAUCAGGACAAAAAAAAAACAAAAAACAAAAAAAGAAAAAAAAGAAAAGAUCCGAAUCUAGGUAUUUUAUAAUCUGCUUUUUAACCUCUAACCGCAGAGCACGCUGAUCAGACCUCAUAUCUUGGAGGUUUAGGAGACAAGUUAGAAGAACUGUAGCAUGUACCUGUCAAUUUUGUUUAAUUUAUGGUGUCUCAGUCUGUCUGUGCGUCUGCACGUGUGCAAGCAUUGAAAGAAAGGAGAGAGUAGUCCGGGCGAGCACAGCAGGCAGUUCUGGGGCCAGAUGGGCCCGUCCCCAAAUAGAUAGCAGUCUACGGAUCUCUCUCUGGCACAGAAGGCACCUCACCUCACACCACUCUCCUGGGCACCUGAUGAACUGAGCCCUCCCAGGGGAAGACACUCCCCAGGCCUGGGCAGGGCUUGCACGCGCACCCUCUCUCUCUUUCCCUUUCUCUUCCCACCACAAGCACUGAUGACCCUGUUGAACUCGUGGGAAACUUCCUUUCUCUGCAGGAGAGAGAACGUGGCAUUCUGGGCUCCCCACUCCCAUCCCUGUAGAAAUGGCCCAAACUCACACCAAAACGUGGAUGCUCUUCAACUUCCAAACCUACCAUUUGCCCUUCGUUCAUUUCGCCUCUUAGAAAGUUCUUUUAUGCACAGUUUUAGGGCAGUCUAAGUACAAACUGAAAGUCUAACUUGUCUCUGAUUCCUCCCUUGUCUAUGUGUAUAUGCGUGAGAAUAGAGGCGGGUGAGAGUGUGCGUGCGUGUGCGUGUGUGCAAUUUUAUACGUCUGUGUAUUUUCUUAAGUACCUGUGCACACGUAGAGUGCAUUACUGCCACCUUUUUCAAUAAGCUGUUUUAUCAGUUACGGCUUCUACAAGUUUGCUAAUUUAGACUCCUUUAUUGCCAUAUCUUUAAACUAACAAUAGAUGAUUUCGGUAUAUAUAUAUAUUUUUUUUUGCUUAUUUAUAGGUGCUGUAUUUUAUUAUCUGAUUGUUAGGAAGGGAUGAAAGGGGCAAAUAUUCUUUAGAGGGAUAGACUGCCGGCAGUAUUGGGUAUAAUUUACAAGAUGUAGUUGUCAUACUGUAUAUUACUGAUUGAAAACUUUUUGACCGUAUUGUGUAUCAUUGAAACCUUUGUCUUAGGUCAACAUCUUUGGAUGACAUUUUAAUGGUGCAUUCAUUAUUUCUUAAGUUUAAUUAAUAUUACUUUUUUUUUAUUUGGGGGGUGGGAGGGAGUUAUAAUUUUAAAGGUAUGCUCUGGCUGUUCCACCUCCGUGUGCUUGUUAAUUAACUUGUAGGACUUUGACUGUAAGAUGUGAAACCACGUUUCUUGCAUGAUGUUUUAGAGAUUAUUUCAUUUACAGUCUUUUAACCUGCAACUGCAGCACUUAGUUCACGUUUUCACAAAUUUUGAGAGUCACUACACUAAAGACAAUGCCUUUUCAUGAAUAAGAAGUUUUCAGAAGGCUCUAGGGGGCUGGGAGGCAGGCCGUUUGUUUGUCUUUUGAUGGGGGUAUCAUUUCUGAACUUGAAGUCUGGUUCAGGGAGAAGAGAAUUCAAAAUCAGAGGAGCUUAAGGGGACACGGGUCAACAUCUGGCUCGAUUCAGGUGCAUUGAGAAGAGUGAGUUCACAUCAGUGACCCUUAGGACAGUGAGUGGCAGAGCCCUGACGACUGUGGUGUCCUCUCCACAAAACCCUCAAGGGACUUUUGUCAUCACGUGUGAUGAAUCUCUAAAUAUCAUCUAAUUUUCAUGAGAAUGAAAAGCAAGAAGUUAACAUGAAAUAGUAGGCUAGGGUUUAGUUUUAAAGGCAUGACUGUUAUUUACAAAGGUGUUAAAUCUGAGGAAAUUGACAAACACAGAUGUGUCCAUUCUAGUGGCCAAACAGUAACAGUCUAAAACGCAGUCAUUUUGGCCCUCCCAAGCAAUUUAGUCAUAUGUGUUGUUUUCUCUUUUUGGUUUUUAUUUUUUACAUUUUUAACUAGGUUACUGUUGGUUCCUAUUCUGUCUUUUUUGCCAGACCUACAUCUGGGUACCGGAUACAAUCAGUUGGUUAAAUUUUGCUUGCAGUUCUGUGUAUUCUUUUUCCUCUCUUAUUUAUUUUUUUAAAAAAUGGAAAUCCCAACCUUACGAUCUCUGAUGUUAAGCUAGCACUGUCUGUAAUACUUCUAAGAGCUGCCACUAAAAUAAUACAGCAAUCCGUGGCCAGGGGAGCACCCCCUCCUGGUUGGGCCCCUCAGUUGGAGUCUAAGGGUUAAUCUCUCAUCUUGCUAAGCAGUAUUCAAGUGCCUUGAACAGUGUCCCCUCGGCGUGGCUCCCCUUCAGCACGCUGAUGUUCCAAGCAGUGGCCCCUGCAGGCAGCCGACCCCCUUCCUCUUCACGCUCUAUGAGUUUAAAAAGCUGAUUUGUACCUCUCCCCUGGGGGAAACGGUUCCAUAUAAAACACUAACACUUAAUUACAAGCUCCAUUAUGCCAUUUUAAAUGGCUUCUUUUUGUUAAUUGGAGGCAGUGUUCAUAACUUAAGGCUUUUGCCAUUAACUUAGCUGGCUAAGCAGAGGCUCGGCGUAAAAUCAGUGUUUGCAUUUAGCCUCUUGACCCGGGGUUCCUGCCCAAGCUCCCUUGUGAUAGCUGAGAUGGCAGGUGUAUGGGUUCUGUCCUAGACCUGUGCCCAACUCACUUCCAUCCCAGAGGAGUCUUCUGUCCUCUCCCCAACCCCCGAGCUCCCGGGUAACCUCUUGAACUUCUGUAUCAGUGAAGACAUCUGCGGUUUCUGCUCACCAGACCUCUCUUUAGAAAGGGUUAUCAGAGCCAUGGAGCUUAGCUCAACUGGAUUCUUCUAGACGAUCUUAGGAGUCAUCUUGGCAUGAGGCAGCUUCUAGGCAUCUCCUGGGACAGGAUCGGGGCAGACAGCCCAGGGAUGCAUGCGUGGGGGAACUCUCUGAGAAAUGCCAGGAUCGUGGUUCACAGGGACUCGCCAUCAAACCCUGCUACUUUGUGCAAGUAAUUGAGGCAAAAGAUACCAGUUGACGGCCUCCCUGGGGUAGAUCCCUUGUACCUCCAAAGUACAAAUACCUCCCUGCUCAGUUUCCUUCCUGUCGCCAUCUUUGUUUUCUUCCCAUUGAAAAACCAUUCUGUCUGAUGUGGACGUUCAGGUCUGCUGGUUGACGGUCCGGGCCCAGAGUGCAGCAGAGCUCUGGGUUAAAUAUUCCUUUCUGGCCACUGCCCAAGCCCAGGUGGCCAGCUCCCAUACCCCAUCUCCCUCCUUGGCCAGGGCCAGCGUCAGGCGUGCAGCUCACGACCAGUUUACACAGGUUGUAAAGAGAUCGCUGGGGGCCUCGGCUGACUACUUUAAGAUCGUGCCACAGCCAGGCCCUAAAAAGAGAGGGGAACAGGAGUCCCCAGGUGAGCUUUCUCACGGGCAGGUGCCUUCCCGACUAAGGUUGGACUGGAUGACUUUGUUCCUCCUGCAUGCAUGUCCUUUGAUACAAGGUAGAUCAAUGAACUCUGUUGACAUUCUAUGCAAUGUUUUUCAUUCCUCUGAUUUUAGUAAAGCAAAUCUUACUGAAAAAUAGAGUCUGGGGAAUAGACACAUGUCCUUCUGGGAGUCACACAAAGAAAGCAGAGAGAUUUUGAACUGAGGGGUGACAGCCUUUGCCUUAAAUGUACUAUGACAGGCGCUUCUUGGCAGACCAGUGAAAACAAAAGUCCAUAGACCUUACUCAUCCCAAGGCCGACAAGCCAGCUGUACAGGGGGAGAUGUAGCGACACGGGGCAUGUGCGGUGGGCGUGCUGGGCUGUUUGCUGUGGUACUGUAGGCUGGAGGUUUGGCUCCAGUGCUGCCAGUGGGGGGGCCCUGUCCCUCCCCGGAUGUCCUCCCUCUUCACACUCCUCAUUGUCCCUUCUACCUCACUAACCUGUGUUCUCCACGUGAUGUCACCCAGAACCACACCCCGUAGAACUAUGAGGCACGUGGGCUGGAGAGGGCGGAAAAGCUGCCAGCGCAGCAGACACGAGCAUCCCUCUGCCUGGUGGGCUGGCUUUGUGUGUCUCUCCUUUUGUGAGCACAACACGGACAGACAGCUGUGCUCUGCAAGGCACACGGAUUUUUCUCUUGACUUCCACCUGUUCUCAAAGCUCCAGCAGCUGUUUCUUUUGCAGGCAGGGCAUGGUCUCGGACCUCCAAGAGUCUUUGCCUAUCCUUUCUGUCCAGUCCUGUUCAGCUGUUAAGAUCCAUCAUGGCCAUUAUCCUUGCCCCGGGCUGCCCCAGAGUGGCCGCAUGAGGACACUUCCCAAGAUUCCCGGCUGGCUUUGGGGAACGCUGUAGCUCUUGGGUAUCUGUUGUCUCUGGCAUGGUUUCAGCGUCACUGCGAACGCUCCUUUGCAAACAUCACACAUCUCAAAGACAGAAAAGGAUAGAUGGCUUCCCCCAGUCUACACACCCCGUCCACACUUGCAUCACCCUCUUAUCCCAAAAGAAUAUGCCAGUUCCCAUCCAACACCGAAGAAAACCAGCUCCUGGGGCUGCUGGUUGGAGGUGGGUCUGUCCACUGUGGGGGUCACAGUGUUCCCCUGCUGGAGAGAGUUUGCAAGUAAGAACCCAAGAUGUGGGGACAGCAUCCUAUGAUUGGGCAUUGACCAGCCAAAGCUCACAUUUAGAAAUCCCUCAGUGCUUCUGUGGUUUCACCUGGGCAUCGAUGACAUUAGGGAAGCCUUUGUGACCACAACGGCAGGGCUUAUGCCCUGAGUGGCAAGGUGGUGACCUGGGGCCAGUGUGACAUGGUUGGAUCUCAGCGUGUACUGAAUGCCAGUCUGGCCAGCACACUCGAACGCUAAGAGAAUGGUCCAAUUUGACGAUCUUAUGUCUAUUUCCAUCAGGUUUUGACUUUUUGUAGAUGAAAACUACCAGGGAAAAGGGGAAGCAGAUGCCCAGUAAAGUUUAGAAAGAUCCAGUCUGUGAAACCCUUAGAGAUGGGCUGAAAGUUAAGUCCACAACCCUUGGGCUUAACCAGGACAGAAGAGGAGGGGGCGUGGGGGGCAGAACGUAAAAGGAGCUCCAGCCCCCCCGGCCCAGUCUUCCCAAUUCCAGAGGCCUCGGCGGCCUGUGCUCCUCACCACCCUGGUCAGGGGAGUAGAAGGAAAUGCAAUUUCUGCCUGUCUGCCUGACUUCCAAAAACUUCCCCCUCCUGCCCAGGCCUCUCCCACCACCACCUCUCCUCCAAAGAUAACCGUGUCAAUGCCGUCCGUGGCAUCAUCUCGAGUUUUCAUUUUUGGAUGAAGUGACAUUUAGCUUUAACAAGACAUUUCCAAAGCGCCUAGUCUCCUCCAAAAUGCUAACUUUAAAAGUUGGGCAUUGUAGGCGAAAAAUCCCGAAAAAAAAAAAAAAAAAGAAAAAAAAGAAAAAAAAAAGGCUGGCGAGAGAAAGACAUUCGGCUAUGCAUAAAUGUGCACUUCCCCCAUCCCCCGUUCUUAAACUCUUAAGAUGCCCUUGAGUUGCUUUUCAUGAAUCCUUUUCGAUUACCCAAUAAUGUUAAGAAAGCAUUAGCCUGUGUUACUGUAAUUUCUGUAGUGUUUAGGCUUUAAUUUCUUCCACAAAAUAUGCUAUAUGCUAUGUAUCAAACUUUCUGUAAUCAGAAAGGAAAGGUGCCUUAUAUCCCAAUGUCACGGCUACAUCCCUAUGGAAAUUAAUCAGAAGCACAGUGUGUACGGAAGCAUUGGGACUUCUGCUGGUGAAACGAGACACCAUUCAGCAAGACACAUUGAAGUGGCACGGAGCUGCUUUUGUUUUAUAAUUCCUUUUUCCCCCCUUUUGCUUCUUUUUUUAUUUUUUAUUUUAUUUUUUGUAGUUUGCUUUAAACAAAAAGCACUUAAAUAGAUGACUAUGUGUAAAAGCUCUGUGCAAUUGAAAUCAUUUUUCUUCAUUUUUAAAAAAUAACGUAUUGCACACCAAAUGAACUCAAAGUAAGCUUUAGACCAGGACGAUUCAGGUUAUGAAUGAGUUUGUUCACUGUAGUUCCGUUUGUUCAUGAACCGAAGGGAAAACAGGCCUCCCCCAUUCCCUCCAGUCUCCCAGCCUGCCUCUUGGUGACCACUGAGCUGGGCGUGCAGGGCCCGCGGGCUCUGGCCGAAGCCGCUGGCCUGACGAGGCAGGAUGGGGAGUGUCCAUGAUUCAGAAGCUGAGAGCCUUCCCCAGUGUCUGAGGCCACAGCCGUCCCUUCCAGCACUUAACCUUGUCUUGUUGAAAUGGACUGACUGCUACUGACCUGCCGGCGUGCGUGAGGGUGAUUAUAAAAGGAUGUUUCCUUGAGAAAAAAAAAAAAAAAUUAUUUCUAUCCUCUUCUAUUUAUUAUUAGGUUAAUCAUUUAAGUACUUAUCAGGAGUGUAUUGUUAUUUUGUGUUUUGUUGUCAUAAAUGCUUUUUGCUGUCACUCUAGUGGUUACUAUCAUCUGCCUUCCUCUCCUCCAUUCCCCCAGAGAACCAAGGCGUCUGGGGGAUUAACUGGGGGGCAGAGUGGGUUUCCCCAGCAAAAUCAAACACCUGUCUCCAGAGUAGCCACUCAAAAACUGGUGGUCUCCAUGUGUCUAACUUUUUAAACGAGAGAGUAUAUGAACAAAAAAAUCUACCAACGAGUGAGGGAGUGCUGAGUUGAAGAACGCUCGCUUGAGGAGCUUCAGAGGAAUCUUAGCAAAGCCAAGUUCAGUUCCCCAAAGCCUCCUAGAGCCUCUGGUAAGACUUCUGGGUUCAUGAAGUUUCGGCGAACCCCGGUCAGAGAGGGCGCGGUGGCCUGGCCAAGACUUUACUUCCAAGCGAGAGAGUGAUUUCUUGCAAGGCCCGCACGGGUUGAUAUAUUUUGGUUGGUUUUUUUGUUGUUACUGUUUUUCUUGCGUACAAAGUUGGUCAAAACCAUCUUUCAAAGCAACAGUGUUUUGUAGUACCAGGCUGUGGCUUGAGGGCUCACCUAGGAGAGCAUAGGCAGAGGGCCCCUUUCCCCUGUAGGUGGUUCAGUGUGGAGGAAGGUUGGGUGUGGAGAUUGCUUGCUGUGGCCCCAAGCUCAGCCAGCAGGACACCAGUUGCUUACCAAUCGGGUGUGAAGGUGAGAUGCCCUGCCUCGAUCCCAUAGGCCCAGCAGAAGGAGUCUUACCCCAGGCCAAGGCAAGGGCCCUGCCCACCCCAAGGUAGGCUGGGAAGAGCAUCUCUUUCCAUACCAUCACCUCCCCUUCUCCAAGAUCGCCGGGGGUCCUGAUUUUGUUCUCUCUUUGAAAGAAAUCCUCCACCGAAACAAUGGUCCCCAUCUCCCUAAAAUACUUUCUUUUUUUCAUUUUUCUCUAAUUAGUCUAUGCAUUUCUCUCUCUCAAACCAUCUGCCUCUUCCCUUGAGAAAACGGGCAUCUCACGUCCCCCAUCCGAGCCCUCUUGGGAAAAAGAAGAAGAAAUCCCGUGCGUUCUGGAGAUGUGAGAAUUCACCCAAAAUUCUUAAAGCAUUGGAGAAUAGCUUGUUAUAAAAUAAAAGUGGGGGAAAAAAGAUGGUUUUCCCCACAUCCCUUUCCAUUGAAUAAGAGACCUAGUUCUUUGCGUUUGUGCAAUAACUGUUUGCUGCUUGCCUUGAGAGCGGGUAGCACCACGCUCCUGUCCAGACUACUAACAGCACAAGACGCACUCGCAGGGUGGCGGAAUCUUCCGGAAAACUCUUGAUAAGCUCAGCACCCCCCAACCCACCCCCGCUCCAGUGUUUUGUCACGUCUUACAUUUUAGCAGUAUUUUAUAUUUUCUGUAACGCACCAAGUCUUAGAUCUUUCUAGAGCUUGUUUGUUAAUCCUCACAAUCACAGAUUUUUUUCCUCCAAUCCUCACAAAGACCCAAUUGACCAAAAAAGAAAAAAGGAAAAAAAAAAAGUCAUCUUUUUUUUUUUUUUUUUUUUUUUGUACAAAUCGCUUUGAGAUGCCUCUGGUGUGUUGCUGUGUGACAUCUCUCUGAUAACAUUUUAUUUCUUGCUUUUUGUUUUUCUACAUUAAGAGUCAAAGUUGACCUGGCUGGCGUGGGGGUGGGGGAGGCACCCGUCGGCCCCUUGGUGUUGUCCCUCUGUCUUUGGUUAGCCAUACGAUGUUUGUUCUCAGCACUGUACAACGGUCCCUAUAUAAUACGGAGAAGCAAUAUCACUGUAUGAGACUCACACCAUGUAUUAUUAUUCACUAGCACCCUAGGUGUGAUAAUUGAAGUAAAUAUCUUUUAUACAAACACAA